AGAAAAGAAGAGAAAGAUGAUGUCUGCGUCAAACGUCUCUUUGUGUCUCCUCGCAUGUUUCCUGUCCUUUACUGUCUCUACAGAGAUAACAGUAAAGCCUGGAGAUGAUGUCACUCUUCAGUGUCAGAGUCCCAGAGGUGCAGCCAUCACACUGUUAGAGUGGAGCAGACCUGACCUGGAGACAGAUGGUUACGUCUUCUUCUUCAGAGACAGCCGAUCAUAUGAACACUACCAGCAUCCAUCUUUUCGUGGUCGAGUGCAGCUGAGAGAUCCAGAGAUGAAGGACGGAGACGUUUCUGUGAUUCUGAAGAACGUCAACAUCAACGACGCUGGAACAUACGAGUGUCGUGUCCUAGCUGGCAGCACAGGACGUGAGCUCAUCAACACCAUCAACCUGAAGGUUGAAGACUCAGGUGACACAGCUGGAGACAUCUCAGCUGGAGGACACAAGGAUGAAGGGGAAAAGAAUGGAGGACACAACGAUGAAAACAUGCAAAGAUGUUUUAGAGUCAUAGUUGGUCUGUCAGUAACAUUUCUGUUGUUAGUUUUGUGAUCUUUAUAAUCUGUAAAACAAGAAGUCUUGAUUCUCUGUCCAGCACAGGACGACUGUCAUUUUGCUCUCUGUUCCCUUUGAAUACACAUCUAUUGAAUUACUUCUUGUUUUAAAGGAGGCCCAUAUUUCCAUGUAUACAGUCAACAACAUACAUGAUGACAGCUACAGUUUAUCAGUUAAAUUAGGUGUUAAAUCGAGACUUGCACACAGCGAUUGAAUAGAUAAGUGAUAAUAAAUUAUUUUUGAAUGUGUCUCUGACAAAUUGGCUUGUGUUUGGAACAUGUUUUUCUGCAAAACCAACUCUUGUAGUUCUCCUUCUAUCAAGCUUUUCUUGGUGAACUGUAAUGAUUUUUACAUAUUUUCAGCAGAGUUUGAAUAAACUGUUUGUAAAGUAUAUAUGUGCUUUUAUAAGUUAAGUAUUAUGUCAAGUGUUUUGCCGCAUACAAAAUCACAAUACAUGUGAAUACACAUUUAUACAUACAUUGAUUCCUUUAUUAUUCUACUUAUAUUA